AUCUUGACUUAAGAAAGCUUCUUUGUGCCCUCCCCAUGCACACUCAAAAAAAGGAUGAAGGACAAGUUAAUGGUGAUAGUGACCACAUAACAACUCACAGAAGGCUAGCUCACUGAAGGGAAGUACUCGGACGCUACAAAAAGAUAAUCAACAGAUAAAAAUGUCUGACAGAAUCGUGGAUGAGGAACCAGUGAUUGUAACUCAUACAGGACCAAAAGGUGUCAUCAAUGACUGGCGUAAAUUUAAAUUGGAAAGCAUGGACCAGGAGGUUCUGCCUCCCAGCAAGAGAGAGCUGCUAAGACAGAUGUCGUCCCCUCAAAAACCCAAAGACGUUUGUGUGGGUGGAUUCAAUCGCAAGAUGAGUGCUCAGGAGUAUGAGUUGAUAAAGGAAGAUGAUGAGAAAAGUCUGCGUAAGUACCGCAAGCAGUGCAUGCAGGAGAUGCACGAGCGCCUGAGCUUCGGGCCCAAAUUCGAGGCCGUGUAUGACCUUGACAGUGGCGAGGCAUUUUUAGAGGUCAUUGAGAAGGAGCACCGGCUCACAGUGGUGGUGGUGCACAUCUACAAAGAUGGAGUGAAGGGGUGCGAGGCGCUUAACAGCUGCAUGGAUUGCUUGGCCACUGAGUAUCCCAGCGUUAAAUUCUGCCGCAUUAAUGCGGCUGCCACCGGAGCUGGCGAGCGUUUCCCAGAUGAAGUUCUUCCCUCCUUGUUGGUGUACAAGGCUGGAGAGCUGCUGGGGAACUUCCUGGCUGUUACGCAGCAUUUCAACGAGGAGUUCUUUGCUACCGAUGUAGAGGCCUUCCUCAAUGAGUAUGGAUUGCUGCCAGAGAAGGAGUGUGGCCCUGGAGCUGAGGAGGAAGAAGCAGAUGUGGAGUGAUGAAUGAUGGCAGAAAGUAAGAAUGGAUUAAAUGAAUGGGAGGAAUGUUUUUCUGAAUCUGACAAGAAUAAGUUUCAUUAUUCUUCAGUUAACAUGAUGAGAUGCAUCUGUUUGCACACAAAGCUCAACCUAAAGAUCUCUUUGAGCACGGUAGAGAAAACUACUAAAUGAUUUGUACAGUUUUAAAAGCAACAUGGAAUGGAAUCAAGUCAAGAAAGAUAAUGACGUAUUAAACUAUCAUGUUUCCUCUUAUAAACAAAUAGACAACUGCAUGAUUAUGAAAUAGAUAAGAAUGAAUUAGUGUCAUGUGGAAUAUUUUCUACAUAUGGUACAUGUGAUUGCAUGUAGCAAAAGAUUGUGCAAAUACGAAUGGUCCAGGAUUGUUUUUAGAGCGCUUUCUUCAGAAGCAGCAAAACAUUAUAUUUUCUAAUGGCUUCAAAACUGCUUCUUAAACUAUGCAUGCCCAUCUUUUUGAUUUUCUGUAUACAGAAAUGUCAUGAGGUUCAAGCAGUAAUAUUUGAUUGUUUUACUUUUGGUUUGUACAAAAGUACUGUAAAUUGGUUUGGCUGGAGUUUUGCAUAAACCAGUUGGUUUUGAUGUAAACUGUAUUUUUAGGCAUACAUAAAUAAAUGCAAAUUGAAACAUUCAGCAUUUCCUCUGCCUGUAAUAUAGCUAUAGUUAAAAAAAAAAAUCUAGAAUUUAUUACUUAAACAUAUGCUCCACUUACACACAAAUUACAUGUCACUCCAAAGAAAGCAUUUGAAGAACAGAAUCAAUCAAGAAGGCAAUAAAGUGAAAAAGAAUUUGCACCUUUCUUUAAUGUGGUUUGAGAAGCGAGACUGCACUUGCUGAAACACAAUCUCUGGAACUGACUUUACUCUGACCUGCAGGUUUAAAAGUUCCAUUAUAUAUUAAAAGAAUAGAUCCAUAAUGCACAUUUGCACAAUUUCCAAUAAUUGUCCCAUAAUUUGACAUGUUCUAAUUAUGUAUUUAUGGGAAUCUUUGUUUGAGUAUAGAGUUGCACAGUAAGGGCAAUGAUCAGGAUUUCGCUGAACUCCAGAUGAACCGUAGGUUAUGGAGAAGUGAGCCAGCAAAAAACAUGCAUGCUACUGUUUUAAAAUCUUGUAUGCUAAAGAAGCCAGGGCUUUUCAGUGAAAUCCUUUUUGUCUGAGUGGAUUAAAUUCCGCUGUUGUCUUAAAAUAGGUGAGUCUGUAGAAUGUUCAAUAUAUGACUAUCAUAAGCCAUACUGUCAAGCUUAUAUGACAGGUGUGUGUGAUAGUAGUGAGCUUUUUUGAUCAGCUUAGCCAAGUAAUCUUAUUAGUGGAUUUAAAGAUCUUAUUUUGAUUAGUGUCAAAGUACAGGCUGAGUUUUUCAUUUUGUCAUAGUUCAGAACAAAUUCAACAGCAAUUACAACAAAAUUGCAUCAGCUUGUAAGGCCGUGAAGAAAUUUUUUUCGUCUGUUCCUUAUUUGAAAAAGACAUGCAAACCAAUUUGAGACUAACAUUUUUUUCUCUUGAGGGCCAAGCCAUGCAGACGCACCCACAGAGGGCCUGCAGGGUUUGGUGAUUUUGUGGUAAUGUUGUGUCUCAUGCCGAGCUCUUGCUAUAUCGUGCGACGAGGUCGUCUGUGCUUCGCGCAAACAUGUUCUGACAACAUCUGCACCUGACACCAUAUCCUCUCUGCAUGUGUGAAGGAGUAGCCCAAACCUCCAAGUCCUCAUCUGGACUUCAUUCCUAAGAUGUGUUGUCACAGGUUCAUGCCUCAGACACUCCAAGAUUUAGAUUAUUAAAAACUCUAUGACUACUGUAUAAUAAGUAAAGUAGCUUACAUAUAGAAACUAUAUACAGUAUAUACACUAUAUACAGUACUUUCACUUACAGAUCUGACACAUUUUUACUGGUCCCUGCCAGACAGUGACUAAGCAGAUUUAGUAGCUGAUGUAACAGCCCGAUCAUGAAGCUUGGAGAUAAGAUCUUUAUGCCUGGAAUUAUGAUUUUAUUCAUGUUUUAUUGUAAUAUAGGAAGUUUUAUUGUGUUUUGUUAAAUAAAUGCAUGAUCACAAAAUACAUGCCUAAUAAGUUACAUGCUUUUCAUGGGUUUGGAAUAUGUUAAUAUUAUAUGUUAGCCAAGACUGAAACUGUUUAGAAAAUAUUAAAACAUUCAGAAAUGUU